UUGGCCAUCUAGCGGAAGUAGCAUCAAUGGGAUACUGCAGCCGACGGAUCACUUGGUCUGGCGAUUCUGUUAAACUUUCAUUGUCAUCAUGGCGGCCACAAAAACUUUGGAUGACAAAUCUAUCUGGGAAGGAGAUGAAUCCCUGGGGGAGGAAGUUCUUAAGAUGUCAACUGAAGAAGUUGUCAGUCGAACCCGGUUACUCGACAAUGAAGUUAAAAUUAUGAAAAGCGAGGUGAUGAGAAUCUCUCAUGAAUUGCAAGCACAAAAAGAAAAAAUCAAGGAGAAUACUGAAAAGAUCAAAGUCAACAAGACAUUGCCCUAUUUGGUUUCUAAUGUGAUUGAAUUGCUUGACGUUGACCCCCAAGAUCUCGGUGAAGAAGAUGGAGCAAAUGUGGACCUUGAUUCACAACGGAAGGGAAAAUGUGCUGUUAUCAAAACAUCAACACGACAGACUUAUUUCCUGCCCGUUAUUGGUCUGGUGGAUGCUGAGAAAUUAAAGCCAGGAGACUUGGUUGGUGUUAAUAAAGAUUCAUAUCUUAUUCUUGAAACUCUUCCAGCUGAAUACGACUCCAGAGUAAAGGCUAUGGAAGUGGAUGAAAGACCUACAGAACAGUAUUCUGAUGUUGGUGGUCUUGAUAAACAAAUCCAAGAGUUAAUUGAAGCAGUAGUCCUUCCAAUGACUCACAAAGAAAGAUUUGUAAAUCUUGGCAUCCAGCCACCCAAAGGUGUUCUCCUGUAUGGUCCACCAGGAACUGGCAAAACAUUGUUGGCUCGUGCCUGUGCUGCUCAGACAAAAUCUACUUUCUUGAAGUUGGCUGGUCCUCAGUUAGUUCAAAUGUUUAUCGGUGACGGUGCCAAAUUGGUACGAGAUGCGUUCGCCCUGGCUAAAGAAAAAGCACCAGCUAUUAUCUUCAUCGAUGAGCUUGAUGCUAUUGGAACAAAGCGUUUCGAUUCUGAAAAGGCAGGAGAUCGUGAAGUGCAGCGCACUAUGUUGGAAUUACUCAAUCAAUUGGACGGUUUCAGCUCUACUACUGACAUCAAGGUGAUUGCCGCCACGAACCGAGUGGAUAUUUUAGAUCCUGCUCUGCUCCGUUCUGGUCGUUUGGAUCGUAAAAUUGAAUUCCCUCAUCCGAACGAAGAAGCUCGUGCUCGCAUCAUGCAAAUUCAUUCCCGCAAAAUGAACGUCUCUCCCGAUGUUAACUUUGAGGAACUCUCUCGUUCAACUGAGGAUUUCAACGGCGCCCAAUGCAAAGCUGUCUGCGUUGAAGCUGGCAUGAUCGCCUUACGCCGCGAAGCCACUAUGGUUACUCAUGAAGACUUCAUGGACGCGAUUGUCGAAGUCCAAGCUAAGAAGAAGGCUAAUUUGAAUUACUAUGCUUGAAUAAAUCGUCCUUUGUUUUGCCACUUUA